AUGGGCCUACCCGAGACACCAGCCCAGUGUCUUUGUCCCCUGGACCGAGGAGGAAACAACGGGAGUGGCAGCAAGAGCAUCAACGAUCGCAACGUCCAUGAUGCCCACGAUAUCGAUGCCGAUGACAGCAAGUCCCUGGCCGGCGUUCGAUAUUCUGAUCAAGACAAUAUACAAUCUUCACUGCCAAUCUCGCCAUCUCCCCGCCCAGCCCUCCGCCGGUGUGUGUCGACAACCUUUUACGACGGCGGCGACGCGCAGAAGUGCAUCGACGCGUGCCGUCAAGGGUUCCUUGAUUCUCUCUCGUCUUCGUCCUCGACGUCAUCGCCAUCGCUCUCUGAUACCUGCUCGCUCCUUUCGUCCAAUACGGCUGCCCAACAGGAGCUCUGGCAGCUUUACUGGUGUGACUCGGCCUUUUGCGGCGUCUGGAUUGACAGCCGCGGCGGUGCCGGCCAGGAUCGCCCACCGCCUGCCAACUACUACUGCAGCAGCUUGCUCGCAGCCGGCCCGUCGGCCAACCCUUGCCGCAACCGCGCCGUCGCUACCGAGACGCAAACAAAAACAGCAACACCGACCGCAGCCAUGACCACCACCACUAAUGGACAGAAAAGCCCCGCUGCGGCCGGCACGGCACUUGCCACGCCGCAAAACAGCCAGCACCUGACAACAGCCGCCGGAACACCCGUUGCGGCAACCUCCUUAUCCUUGGGGUACCUUGCUUCGGCGCCAGCAGCAACAGGAUCGCCCGGAGCGAAUAGCAGCACCGACAACGACAGCAGCGCUUCGGAAUCACCCUCGAGUCUAUCUCGUGGGCCAUCCGCCGGCGUCAAGGCCGCUAUUGUCGUUUGUAUUGUCGUGGCAGUCCUUCUGAUCGCCGGCAUUGUCCAUUGCGUUUUGCGCCGCCGACGCAGCAAUAUGCUCGGCCAACAGUCGUACCAGCAUCGCCGCGGAGGGGGAUGUGGAAAUGGGACCGGCGGGGACGGCCCGUCCCGUCGACCCUCGCACGGUGCCAGCAACGACGGUAGCAUCGGCCUUGCCGCCCGUGUCCGUACGACACUUUUCCAUCCCGGCCACGGUCGAGGCACCCAUCGCGACGAGGUGCCGACGCCGCUCAUCUCAGCAGCCAAUUCGUGCAAUUCGGUACGGGGUGUGUCCGUGGUGGACGGCCAGUCGACAACACAGGCAUCGCCAAAACAAAAACGCUCGCGUUCCUCUGCCGCAUUCUGGAAAGCACGAAAAACACGGACAUCGCAAACGUUGUAUCCCGACCCUCGCACGCCGCCUCGGACAGCCGAGCGUGUCGCACGCAGUGUCCUUCCAACAUUCCUUGCCCGACAGCAGCGGGAACGCAGCAUCUCACCGCCGUUGACAUCGCUGUCGCCGCCGCCAAGCCCAACGCAGAUGAGUGCCCGAGGUCGGCCAGAUACGGAUGCCGACGAGGACCUCCGCCCGGGCCACAGCCGCAACCGUGCAUCGGCCGCCAAUAGUGGCAGCAGCUACUACGGCUACUAUGGCUACAACGGCAAUUUUGUGCCCUACUACUUCCCCAGCUCGCCCAUCUGCGCACCGACGACAAACAAGCUGGAGCCGCGGCGCGAGCGGACACCGACGAUCCGGCCAUCGAAGCAGCAGGAACAGCAGAGAGCAGAACAGCAGAAGAGGCAGGACCAGAAGCACGGCUUCUACAAUUUUCAAAAAGCCGCCGACGGUGACGCGGAUCGAGAGCCCGUGCCGCCUCUCCCUCCACUUCCACUCCCACACUCCAUCUUCUCCACGAGUGUUGCCGACGGGUUGGGCUGCAGCAAUGCAGCCCGUGGCCUGCGCUCUAGCUACGGUAGCUACUCGACCGUGACUAAUGCAUCGUCGACCAUCAUCCCGGCGACCAGUCUGUACGGCAAUGCAGUGACGACCGACGCCUUCGAGCCAAUGAUGCCGCUGGCGAGCAUCACAGGGUCGUGCGGUACAGGUUCCUCUGAAGCUACGUCCAGCACGAAUAUGACUAUGCGCGGUCCUGUCAGCCCGGUCCGCCCCAAACGGCCACACGAGGGGCCUCUUGAGAUCCCGGGUCUUGUCAAGCCAGACCCGCCGCCAGCUCCUCCGGUGUUCCACUCGUACGGCCCCGGAGGGCGCAGUUUUAGUAUGCCGGCAACGGCGUUUUCGGUACCGUCCGCCGGCCAAAGGAGCGCCAAGACCACGACGCGUAUGACGAGGGAAGAGGCCAUCUUGCCUCCAUUACCACCGCCGACGCGGGCCCUUCCACCACCACCGUCGCCACCAAAACAACAGGACGACGUGGACAGCAUCGAGUCCCUGGAGCUGCCACCGCUGCUCAUGCGAGACGACGACGAGGAAGAGGAAAGGGGCACAACCUUGCGGUCCUGGACGGCUCCGCGGCGAUGUGCAAGUCCUCUUCCACACGGCCCCAGCCACGACCACGACCACAACCACAACCCCAAGCAAGCAGGGCCCGGCAGCAAACCCGCCACAACAACGGCCUCCUUUUCGUCCACAGUCAGCACCAGCACAGCCAGCGUUCUCAGCAGCAGCACGGCAGAGACGGCCAGCACGGCCACUACCGUGACAAGUAUGCCCUCGACGCAGCCUCCGCGGCAGCUCUUCUCGUAUGCAUCGCCAUCGACCGCCUCGUCGAGCCUAACGAUACGGCCAUCCGCUUCACAAACGAAAACCAACACGCCGUCGACGGACGACAGCGGCACUGACGACAGUCUGUUCCCGUCACGAGCCAUCUUGGACAGUGAUGAUUUCUAA